AAUAAUAUUUCAUUUGAGGCCAAUGCGUGCUCUUUUUCUUAUAUGUUGGGGACAACUAUUAACUUGGGCGGUGGUAGUAAAUUAAGUAUUUAAUAUAAAUCAUAUAAUUUCUAACUUAGAAGUUUCUCAGGCGGUUACAUGCAAAGUUGGUACGAUCAUUAUGUAAGAUAUAUAAACCCCAAGCCAAGCAAUCGCUUUUGGAAAAAAUCAGUGGGGACGUGAAAUAUUUCUUAGAGGAAAAUCAAACUUUUUUUUUUAUUUUGGGUUAUUAAAUUAUUUAAGUAUCGUCUCUUAUUAAAGUUUUCUGUUCUUGAGUACAAUGAAAAUAUUUCAUUUUCUUUAAACAGAAGUGCCAAUAAAAUGAAUACAACACUGUAUGUUCUUUUAAUAAAACCUCAUUAGCUUUAUUCGACCAAAGCAUUCGACAAAGAAGCGGCGCUUUACAGAAACGGACGGGACUCGCCCAGAAGAUAAAAACUCUGACAAUGUUAUUGCCUUUUGUUCUGCUCGGUUUUGUAGUUCCAAGUUUUACACAACAACUAGGAAACAAGUCAUUCGAGUGGGCACAACUAAACCUGCGACAUGUGUGCUUUGAGUGUAACGGAGACCGUCAUGGAACAAUAUACAACUUCCUCCGCGAGCCCCGCUUGGUGGCUGCCAUGAAAUUGGUUUACAGAAGUGGCGAAAUCCGAUGCACGCCAAACAAGGCCUAUAACAGUCGCUGGGGCUGUCAUUCAGGCAGCAAAACUCCCCUGAACGCCAUUGUUACUGACCAGAGAAACAAUGUCAUCUAUCCAAGGAAGGAGUACCUCAAAGACCAGUCAUCUCUAUGGUAUGCGAUGCCCGUGGUGGACGAAUCAUACUCCGAUGAGCUUGUCUUUACCAAUUUUGGCGUCCCAUUUUACUUGGAGAAACAUCGCGAGCUCCGCAUUUGGUGUGGCGAGGACCUCAAAAACAAAAAUGAUGGCGACAACCAAGGACGAGUGUGUGUUGAUGUUUACAUUAAAUAUUAUUGAUUGUGACAAAUAGGAUCCUGAAGUGCUCUUCUUUCGCUGAAUUUACUUUGAAUGGUCACGCAACGUCUCUAGCUGAGUUAUGGUCGCGUUGUAGAGGUGUUGUGCGACAAUCCAAAAACUUUAUGCAAAGGAAGAGCUUUGUCACAAGAACUCGAUGUACUCAGGCAUUUUGGAGAGUAAAGUUUAUGGAGAAAUCA